CGCGAGUUGUCGGUUGAACCACUCCGCCAGCAGCUAUGCACCGUCUCAAGCAGAAGUUACAGGGCAGCAAAGCCCCCGACACUGCAAUCGAAGUCCUCAAGCAAGCUCUCGAAAUAUUCAAGGACACCGCUGGUAAUCUGGGAGUGCCGGGAUUGCAGAUAGGCGUCAGCGUCCUUUCGACUGUGUUGACGAUGGUCCAGAAAUCGCGUGCAAACACAGAGAGUAUCAAGGAACUGGCUACGAGAGUUGAAGAUCUGACGAAGAUGGUGCGAGAGAGCGCGGAACUGCAGGGCGAGCACAUAUCUGCACCGAUGCAGGACAGGAUCGAUCGCUUGCAGGAGUCUUGGAAAGCAAUCGACGACGAGGCUCAGAGUCUCAAGUCUCAGCACAAAGUGUGGCGAACACUGGGAAGCAAUAAGGAAGCGGAAGUGAUCACAGGUUUGGUGCAAAGAAUGUCUUCGUCAAUCCAGAAUUUCAUGGUCGAGAGUACGAUUGCGAUAGAGUCUGCUUUGAAUCAUCACGUGCAUGUCUCCAAGCAGGACUCGGACAGGGUAGAGGGAAAGAUAGAUGUCAUGCCAGACAUCAUUGUUCAACGCUUGAUAUCUCGCUGGGAAGGCAGCUUUGUACCGCCCCAUGCAGCCCGGGCGCAAUUCGACAGUUAUUCAGAGCGCAAAGCUUGUCUCGAUGGGACACGUACCGACAUCCUAGAAACCAUCUCUGCCUGGGCAGCCGGUCAACUUGUGCCUGGCGAGGCAGCCGAUCCCGCCGGAAGCUCUACCCGCCAGCAACCCAACGUCCUCUGGCUCAACGGCGUGCCCGGCACCGGCAAGACAACAAUAUCAUAUACCGCCGCGAAGCAGUGUCAUGACCGCGGGAUCUUAGGUGCAAGCUUCUUCUGCUCUCGAUCCGACGCCGAUUGUAGCAACCCCUCGAUGAUCUUCACCACUAUUGCCUACCGCCUCGGGCUGUUCUACGAGCCGUACAAGGACAAGGUCACGGAGAUACUCAAGAGCAAUCCCGAUAUCGUAGACUCUCAGGUCCAUCGCCAGUUUGAGGAGCUCAUAUUGCGGCCAUUGACACUCCUCCGCGAUGACUUCCCUCCAUGUGUUGUAGUCAUCGACGCGCUCGACGAGUGCCAGCAGCCUCAGGUCGUCUCUACAAUUUUGUUUACUCUGUUGGAACAUGCAGAGGAUCUCUCACCGCUGCGAUUCCUCGUCACCAGCCGGCCCGAACGGGAUAUCGUUACCACGUUUGACGCUCCCGGCUACCGCAACGCAUUCGACAAGCUACUCCUACACGCGGUCGAAUUACGGCCUGUCACUACUGCGGACAUUAAGCGGUACUUGACGGUGUCCCUGUCAGAGAUCAGACGGCAUUUCGACCUGGCCGAGUCCUGGCCCAACGAGGCCGAUGUCGAGAUACUGAGUAACAUGGCCAACGGCUUGUUCAUUUUUGCUGCGACCACCGUCUUGUUCAUUGGCGACCGAGAAUACAGCGAUCCGGUUGGACAGCUGAAGACUCUCAUAUCCACCGCACAUCUUGGCGGCUCUCACCAGCUGCUGGACCGAAUCUAUCUGCAGGUGCUCGACACCGCCUUUCCUAGCAUAUCGACGAGUCUCUCAGAUCGACUGAAGACCGUGCUUGGCUCGAUCGUCGUCAUCAAGGAUCCCCUUCCGCCCACUGGCCUGUCGCGGCUGCUGGGGCUCUCCACCGAUACCGUGCGCAGCUCCCUUGCGCAUCUCCACUCUGUCCUCGUUGUACCGGCUGCUCGAGAGUCUGCAGAGAAUAUCCGAAUAAUUCACCCGACAUUUGCCGAGUUCCUGCUCGACCCGAGCCGCUGCACGAACUGUUCAUUCACCGUCGACUCGCAGCGGCAGAACACGCUCCUGCUACGAAGGUGUCUGGACGCGCUGAAGGAACUGAAGCGAGACAUCUGUGACAUCCGGGACCCUUCCCUGCUCAACAGCGAGGUUCCUGGCCUGCUGGGUCGGAUGGAGAGCGCGAUCCCUGCACACCUGCGGUAUGCAUGUCGGCACUGGUGCACUCAUCUGUCGAACGGCGAGCUGUUAGACGAGAUCCUGGACAUGCUUCUUGAGUUCGUACAAAGGCAGCUGCUGCAUUGGGUUGAGGCCUGCAGCCUUCUCGGACUGUUAAGGGAUGUCAUCUCAGGCAUCAACGAGGUCCAGCGGAAGCUGAGGGGUGUUAACGAUGACCGAGCGAGGGACAUUGUCAUUCUGUUGAAUGACUGCGAACGACUGGUUGUCGGCUACUUCCCUGCGAUCAGCAGCUCAGCGCUACACCUGUACUAUUCGCUCCUGUCAUUCAUCCCGACAAAGACUGCACUUGCACGGACGUAUGCGCACGAAUGCUUCUCCGAGGUCUCUGUCAAGGUUUUCGGCAGCGUGCCAGGCAUGUGGGAUGCCUGCUUGGGCACGGUCACCGCGCAUGGGGGCUAUUCGGUCACGGCGGUCGACUUCUCACUCGACGGCAGGACGAUUGCCUCAUCAGGAUUGGACGGCGAGAUACGGAUUUGGGAUGCGCUGACGUGCGCCCUGCUAUUGGUCCUCUCCAGUCAUUCCAACAGCGUUUUCUCUGUCAAAUACUCUCCAGACGGCGCUCGCAUAGCUUCUGCUGCUUCCGACAGAACACUGUUGGACGAGAUCCUGGACAUGCUUCUUGAGUUCGUACAAAGGCAGCUGCUGCAUUGGGUUGAGGCCUGCAGCCUUCUCGGACUGUUAAGGGAUGCCAUCUCAGGCAUCAACGAGGUCCAGCGGAAGCUGAGGGGUGUUGACGAUGACCGAGCGAGGGACAUUGUCAUUCUGUUGAAUGACUGCGAACGCCUGGUUGUCGGCUACUUUCCUGCGAUCAGCGGCUCAGCGCUACAGCUGUACUGUUCACUCCUAUCACUCAUCCCGACGAAGACCGCACUUGCACAGACAUAUGCGCACAAGUGUUUCUCCGAGAUCUCUGUCAAGGUCUUUGGUGAUGUCCCAGGCAUGUGGAACGCCUGCUUGAGCACAGUCACUGUGCAUGGGGGCGAUUCAGUCACGGCGGUCGACUUCUCACUCGACGGCAGGACGAUUGCCUCAUCAGGAUUGGACGGCGGGAUACGGAUUUGGGAUGCGCUGACGUGCGCCCCGCUAUUGGUCCUCUCCAGUCAUUCCAACAGCGUUUUCUCUGUCAAAUACUCUCCAGACGGCGCUCGCAUAGCUUCUGCUGCUUCCGACAGAACAGUCAAGAUUUGGGACGCAGUGUCCGGUGUGCUCAUCCGCACCCUGGAAGGGCACACGGACGACGUGAACUGCGCAGUCUUCACACCCGAUGGCAGCCUCAUCGUAUCUGGCUCCAACGAUCUGUCUAUCAAGAUAUGGGACGCAGGAACGGGUGCCUGUUUGGUGACCCUGACCGCGCACGAUAGCGAUGUCACAUCCAUUGCGGUGUCUCGGGAUGGCCGUUGGAUGGCGUCGAGCUCGUUGGACCAAGUCAUUCUGUGGAGCCUGGAGGCGCCGGCAUACACUCAUCGUGUCGUGGAAACCCCCAAAGGCGAAUCCUUCUCUUUUGAUGCUGUUGCCUUCACGCCAGACAGCUCCCAAAUUUUGAUCGCAUCGUACAUCUUUGGCUCGAAGUCGGGGAAGCUGUCAGUCUGGGAUGCCGAGACCGCAAAGCACCUCCGUGACCUCCGGCCAUCAGGCCGAUCGUUCCAGCGGACCUGCGGUCCCAGCUUUCCUUCAACAGGAGACGUGCUCGCCUGUGCCACAGAUAAAACUGUCCUCGUCUGGGACUUUGCUCGCGGCGAGGUUCGACAGGCGUUCUCCAAUCACACCGAACGUGUCACGAGUGUCGCUUAUAACCACGACGGGACUCGCAUCGCGUCUGGCUCGUUCGAUGGCACUGUCCGGCUGUGGGACGUGACGCAACCUGCGGCGAUCAAGCCACGACUCGAGAACACCAGCAACCCAUCCAGCGAGAAAUCAACCAGCUACUCCUCAGUCGCUUUCUCUCACAGCACGACGCGUGCGCUGCUGGUUUACAACGACAGUACCAGUACCAGUAUCGAGGUGGCGAAGACUGAUUCGUGGGGCCGCGCAUACAAGCCCCUGGCCGUACCCUCGAAACACGAGCACUACGUAGCGUUCUCACCAGACGAUGCAACAAUCCUUACCGCAUCAACUAUAUUUCCCGGAUUAGCGGGAUAUCAUGGCGUGGUGGCUCUCUGGGACACUGCUUCCGGGACGCCGCGUCUCCAGCUUGAGGGCGAGCUGAGCGUUGCGUAUUGGUUCUCCUCUUUCGAGCACACCUUUCUGUGGAGCGCCGUCUUGGGCUACAUCCCUCACUGCUUCGGCGGCCUGUCGUCGUCGCUGAUGUUCUCACAAGACAGUCGCUACCUGCUCGUACCGAAUUUAUCCGCAGCCGGAGAUGAUCAUUCCGCUUGUCUCUGGGACAUUGCAACAGGCAAGCCCAUUCGCAAAUUUGUCGGACAUACGGAUCGUGUCCGCUCCGUCGCCUUCUCGCUGGACGGCAGACGUAUUGCAACGGGCUCCGACGAUACGACUGUCGUCAUUUGGGAUGCUGCCACCGGAGAAUCUCUGGCGACGUGUAGGGGCCAUCGGGACCCGGUUUUCUCCGUCGCCUUCUCUCCUAGUGGAGAACGUGUUGCAUCCGGAGGCUAUGAUCAUCUCGUUCUGGUGUGGAAUGUAGAGGGAGGAGAACCGCUCCGGGAGCUGGAGGGGCACACCAGCACGGUGUCGUCGGUCGCUUUUGCUCCCGGUGGGGACGUCAUCAUUUCCUCCUCGCUGGACAAAACCAUGCGACUCUGGGACAUCGAAUCCGGCGCGUGUCUCCUCGACCUCGACCUACAUACCUGGUACCGCACCCUGCACCUGUCCCCCGACGGCUCUGGAGUCCUAGUCGAUGACGGUAAACGACUUGUCCAGUUGUGGGCCCCUGUAGAUGCCGACGCGCAGGUGACGACCCCGCUCCCAUGGCUUCCGCGCCGCACCUGGCCUAUAUACUACAUCGAGGAUGACUGGAUAUUCUCUUUGACGCCGUCUCGGCGGUCGCGGUUGUGUUGGCUUCCGCCAGACUGGCAUCGCGAGGGCUUUGCGGGAUAUUGUGGGCACGAUGUAGUGUUCGAGAGUGGUUAUAAGCUAAAUUUCUCAGGACUGAAUAGGUACCUAGACAGCCUGCACAGUAAUCGCACACAAUAA